GAGAUCCAGAGCAGAUCGGCGGACACACACACACAUACACACACUCUCUCUCUCUCUCUGUCUCUGUCUCAGUGACACACACACUCCGCUGUGAGCAUGUUCAGACUGUAGUUAUGCCUCUGAGCUGAAGUUCCUCGCUCUGUGUGGAUUUACAGUCAGACCGCGACCUUCGGCACUGAGGGAUCUGCACCGGGAAUGGGCAGUAAGACUCUCCCGGCUCCGGUGCCUCUCCACCCGGCGCUGCAGCUCAACUACUCGCUCCUGCAGACACUGAACGCGUUCCCGGUGGCGGUGGAUCAGCUGUACGGCCUCAGCGCGCUCCACACCGUGCAGAUGAACCGGUGGACGGUGGGCUUCCCGCAGCUGCAGGGCCUGGCGGACCCGCGCUUCCCCGGCGCACUCCCGUUCCCCGCCGCCGCCGCGCAUCUGUUGCCGCACAAACACCCGGUGCACCGGAAGGACAGGCCGCGCUUCGACUUCGCCAAUCUGGCGGUGGCGGCGACGCAGGAGGACCCGCCGGUGACCGGACAGAGCAGACUGAGCCCGGAGCGCAGACCGGCGCGCGGCAGACUCCCGGCCAAGAGCAAGAAGGAGUUCAUCUGCCGGUUCUGCGGGAGACACUUCACCAAAUCCUACAACCUGCUGAUCCACGAGCGCACACACACCGACGAGCGGCCCUACACCUGCGACAUCUGCCACAAGGCCUUCCGGAGACAAGACCACCUGCGGGACCACCGAUAUAUCCACUCUAAGGAGAAACCCUUCAAGUGUCAGGAGUGCGGGAAGGGCUUCUGUCAGUCCAGAACUCUGGCGGUCCACAAGACACUGCACCUGCAGGAAUCUCCUCACAAAUGCCCGACAUGCGGAAGAACCUUUAAUCAAAGAAGUAACCUGAAAACUCACCUUCUCACCCAUACAGACCUCAAGCCUUUCUGCUGCGGCCGCUGCGGGAAGGUGUUUCGGCGCAACUGCGACCUGCGGCGCCACAGUCUGACACACACACCGCCGCAGCAGGACCCAACCGCACAAUAACCAUAACCCAACCCAGGACAGCUCGAUAGCCCAAAAUAACCAUAGCACUCACGAUCACGGACACACUCCUGCAGGACACACUCACCCCUCAAUAACAGACUCAGUGUGUGUGUGUGUGUGUGAUGAUGAUGAUGAUGAUGAUGAUGAUGAUGAUGUAAAUAAACGUUUCUUGUUGCUCCUC